GAGAGAGAGACGCCGCCAGAAAGAGAGAGUGUGGGCUCAGCUUCUGAUAAACCUCCAGAUUUCAUCUUUCGUCUCCCCUCACCUAUGGUUCCCCACACGUUUUCAGGGGGACACGGUGACCCGUCUGGAUUUUUAAAGCGGUAUUUUCAGUGCGGGGGAUGGUUUUCGGACGGCAGCGGAGGCGCGAGCUCAUAGAGCAGGUGUGAGAGACAGCGGCGACCGCUCCUCUCCUCUCCUCUCCUCUCCUCUCCUCUUCCCUCCUCCCUCCUUCCUUCCAAGGGGAAAUGUCGAGCGAGAAGCCGGCUUCAGCAACGCCGGGUUCCGCUUCGCUCACGGACACAGACCGAGACUCUCAGCCGCCGCCGCCGCCGACGGGCUCCGCCGUGCAGCCGCAGGUCGCCGCGGGCGCUGGCUCCGGACCCGCCGUGGAAAGGAUGGUGUCCUCCGCCGGUUCUAUGGUCCUCCCGGCCGGUGUGAUCAACCCCGCCGUCCCGAUCAGGAAUAUCCAGAUGAAAUUCGCUGUGCUAGUGGGCCUGAUCCAGGUCGGGGAGGUUAGCAACAGGGACAUCGUGGAGACGGUUUUGAAUCUGCUGGUUGGCGGGGAGUUUGAUCUGGAGAUGAACUUCAUCAUCCAGGAAGCAGAGAGCAUCGGCUGCAUGGUGGAAUUGCUGUCCCACUGUGAGGUGACGUGCCAGGCUGAGAUCUGGAGCAUGUUCACUGCAAUCCUCCGCAAGAGCGUGCGCAACCUGCAGACCAGCACUGAGGUCGGCCUCAUCCAGCAGGUGCUGCUGAAGAUGAGUACUGUGGAUGACAUGAUCGCAGACCUGCUGGUGGACAUGCUGGGUGUGAUGGCCAGUUACAGCAUCACAGUCAAGGAGCUGAAGCUGCUCUUCAGUAUGCUGAGAGGAGACAACGGCAUCUGGCCAAGGCAUGCAAUCAAGCUCUUGUCGGUGUUGAACCAGAUGCCACAGAGACACGGUCCUGAUACCUUUUUCAACUUUCCAGGACGGAGUGCAGCGGCUAUAGCAUUGCCCCCAAUUGCCAAAUGGCCUUACCAAAAUGGAUUCACUAUCAACACUUGGUUCAGACAGGACCCACUCAACAACAUCAAUGUGGAUAAAGACAAACCAUACCUCUACUGUUUUCGCACCAGUAAAGGAAUAGGAUACUCCGCUCACUUUGUGGGAAAUUGUCUCAUCGUAACAUCAUUGAAGUCAAAAGGAAAAGGCUUUCAGCACUGUGUGAAAUAUGAUUUCCAACCACGCAAGUGGUACAUGAUCAGCAUCGUCCAUAUCUACAACCGUUGGAGGAACUCUGAGAUCCGUUGCUAUGUCAAUGGUCAGCUGGUCUCCUAUGGUGAUAUGGCCUGGCACGUCAACACCAAUGAUAGUUAUGACAAGUGUUUCCUGGGCUCAUCGGAGACAGCGGAUGCUAACAGGGUGUUUUGUGGUCAACUGGGAGCCAUUUAUGUAUUCAGUGAAGCGCUCAACCCAGCACAGAUCUUUGCCAUUCAUCAGCUUGGCCCCGGAUACAAGAGCACUUUUAAGUUUAAGUCAGAGAGUGAUAUCCACCUGGCUGAGCACCACAAGCAAGUGUUGUACGACGGCAAGCUGGCCAGCUCCAUCUCCUUCACCUACAACGCCAAGGCCACGGAUGCCCAGCUCUGCCUGGAGUCGUCGCCUAGAGAAAACCCCUCCAUCUUCGUUCACUCACCACAUGCACUCAUGCUGCAGGAUGUGAAGGCCAUUGUUACCCACUCCAUCCACAGUGCCAUCCACUCUAUAGGAGGCAUCCAAGUACUGUUCCCUCUUUUCGCUCAGCUGGACUACAAACAGCUUAACGACAGCACUGUGGACACCACAGUCUGUGCUACACUGUUAGCAUUCCUGGUGGAGCUGCUGAAGAGUUCUGUAGCCAUGCAGGAGCAGAUGCUAGGAGGGAAAGGCUUUCUGGUGAUUGGAUACUUGCUGGAGAAGUCAUCACGAGUCCACAUCACACGUGCUGUCCUGGAGCAGUUCCUGUCAUUUGCCAAGUAUCUGGAUGGUUUACCGCAUGGAGCGCCACUCCUCAAACAGCUGUGUGACCAUGUCCUCUUCAACGCCGCCAUCUGGAUACACACCCCUGCCAAGGUUCAGUUGUCCCUCUACACGUAUUUGUCAUCGGAGUUUAUCGGCACUGCGACCAUCUACACCACCAUCCGCCGUGUCGGCACUGUGCUGCAGCUGAUGCACACGCUGAAGUACUACUACUGGGCCAUCAACCCGCUGGAGUGCAGUGGAAUCACACCAAAAGGCCUCGAUGGACCACGGCCAUCCCAAAAGGAGAUCAUCUCGCUCAGAGCCUUCAUGCUGCUCUUCCUCAAGCAGCUCAUAUUAAAGGAUCGAGGCGUGAAGGAGGACGAACUGCAAAGCAUCCUUAACUACCUGUUGACCAUGCAUGAGGACGAGAAUAUCCAUGAUGUGCUCCAGCUGUUGGUGGCUCUAAUGUCUGAACACCCCGCGUCCAUGAUCCCUGCCUUUGACCAGAGAAAUGGAAUAAGGGUGAUCUGCAAGCUUCUGUCGUCGAAGAGUGAGAGUAUCCGGGUUCAAGCCCUUAAAGUCCUGGGUUACUUCCUCAAGCACCUCGGGCACAAGAGGAAGGUGGAGAUCAUGCACACACACAGUCUGUUUACUCUGCUGGGGGAGCGGUUAAUGAUGCACACCAACACAGUCUCCAUAACCACCUACAACACUCUGUACGAGAUUCUGACGGAGCAGGUCUGUACUCAGGUGGUUCACAAACCCCAUCCUGAGCCAGAUUCUACGGUCAAGAUCCAGAACCCCAUGAUUCUUAAGGUCGUGGCCACCCUGUUGAAAAACUCCACUCCCAGUGCCGAGCUGAUGGAAGUGAGGCGACUCUUUCUCUCAGACAUGAUAAAACUCUUUAGUAACAGCCGUGAGAACCGGCGCUGCCUGCUUCAGUGCUCUGUGUGGCAGGAUUGGAUGUUCUCCCUCGGAUACAUCAACCCCAAAAACCCAGAGGAGCAGAAAAUAACUGAAAUGGUGUACAACAUCUUCAGGAUCCUGCUCUACCACGCCAUUAAGUAUGAAUGGGGAGGGUGGAGGGUUUGGGUCGAUACCCUGUCCAUCGCACAUUCCAAGGUCACCUAUGAAGCCCAUAAGGAGUACUUGGCAAAAAUGUACGAAGAGUAUCAGCGUCAGGAAGAGGAGAAUAUGAAGAAAGGGAAGAAAGGCUCUGUGUCCACUAUCUCUGGCCUUUCUUCUGCGCCUGCCCCUGUUGUCAACGGCAAUCUGGAGAUUGAUGAUAACUCUCAGACCCAGACGCCUGAAAGCGAGGCUGAGUAUAGCGAGGGUGCUGGUGGAGACUCGCGCAAUUUACUUGUAGAAGGCGCUGUGAAGCGACCCAAUGGAGAAGCUCUGACUCCUGGGGAGCAGAGCGCUGGCUCAGGAGUGAGGGUUGAGGUCCAUGACCUGCUGGUGGACAUUAAAGCAGAGAAAGUGGAAGCCACAGAAGUGAAGUUAGAUGACCUGGACCUGUCUCCUGAAGGUCUCAGUGGCAGCGUUGGUGGCGGGGGUGGUGGAGGGAUGGAGAACGGGCCUCUGGUCGAAGUGGAUUCACUCCUAGACAGCGCUUACUGUGCUGUAGUUCAGAAACUCAACGGGAACUUGACAUCUAAAGAUGACAUGCCUGGCUCAGGCGUCAGGAUAGGUUCAAGCCUGGGGCUUACAGGAGUUAAUCUCGAAGAUGAUGGGAAUAUGGGUCCUUUAAUCACAUUGGCUGAUGAGAAGGACAGUGUUCCCAGCAACAACGGAUUUCUGUUCAGCAAGGUGGAUGAAAAGCUGCUCCCAGCUCUGGCUGCUACUGACCCCCUUGUAUUGCCGAGUCCAGACCAGGCUGCUCCAUCGGGCCCUGUUCCAGCUCACUCCGCCACCAGUGCCAGUGAUGAUCUCAGCCUGCUGGCUCAUAUGACAAGUUGCACUUCUGACUUAACCCAAACUCAGAGCCACACAUGUGUAGAACUUCCAGAUGAUGGGCCUUUUAAGAUCCAGAGCCCUCUUGCUGACAUCAGCUCCAUUGCUGAAGCUGAGAAUCAAACCCAGUUUCAGGGAGCCUCCAGACCAGAUUUCCAGGAAGGAGAGGUCACAUCUGGGCCAGAAGGAGAGUCAGUGGGACUUAAGAUUGGGGGAGACACAGCCAGCAUCACCUCCGAUACUGAGAGGUCAGACGAUGGGAAGGACAAGGACAUGAAGAAGAUUCAAACUACUGCAACUACCCAGGCUCUCCACGGUCGCACUGCAGCCCAGUUGGAGCGGGAUCUCCGCGUAGACCUGGGAUUCAGGGGCAUGCCCAUGACUGAGGAGCAGCGCCGGCAGUUCAGUCCCGGGCCACGCACAACUAUGUUCCGUAUUCCAGAAUUCAAAUGGUCACCCAUGCAUCAGAGGCUGCUCACUGACCUGCUGUUCGCUCUGGAGACAGAUGUGCACGUCUGGCGGAGUCACUCCACUAAAUCCGUGAUGGAUUUUGUGAACAGCAACGAGAACAUCAUCUUCGUCCACAACACCAUCCACCUCAUUUCACAGAUGGUGGACAACAUCAUCAUCGCCUGCGGAGGAAUCCUACCUCUCCUCUCCGCUGCCACAUCUCCUUCUAGUUCUAAGAGUAGUGCCAACACUAAGGCAGGACGAACCGCACCCCAGAGGGGGUCAAAGGGAGAGGAAGUGACCCCUGUUCCUGGGGCAGGAGGCGCAGGGACAGAGAUGGAGUUGGAGAACAUCGAAGCGACACAGGGCAUGUCAUCAGAGACGGCCGUCACCUUCCUGUCUCGUCUCAUGGCUAUGGUGGACGUACUGGUGUUUGCCAGCUCCCUCAAUUUCAGCGAGAUCGAAGCAGAGAAGAACAUGUCUUCAGGAGGACUCAUGAGGCAAUGCCUCAGACUGGUGUGUUGUGUGGCGGUGAGAAACUGUCUGGAGUGCAGGCAGAGACAAAGAGACAGGGGCUGUAAGUCCUCCUUAACCAGCAGUAAAUCACAGGACAGCCUCCACAAUGCCUCCACCGCCAGCAAGCAGGAUCCAGACAGACUCUUGCAGGAUGUAGACAUCAAUCGCCUUCGAGCUGUGGUUUUCAGAGAUGUGGAUGACAGUAAGCAGGCUCAGUUUCUGGCUCUGGCAGUCGUCUACUUCAUCUCAGUCCUGAUGGUGUCGAAGUACCGGGACAUUCUGGAACCCCAGCGUGAGAUUGGCAGGUCUACCAGCCUAUCAGGGAGAAGCAUUCGCCAUGAGAUCAACUCUCCAACCAGUACAGAGCACCCGUCAGCAGUCUUCACAGACCGUGACAAGCAGACUCCCACUCCUGUGGAUGACUCUCCUCGGGCUGGACUCCCCCACACAGACUCCGGCAUCGGCGAGGAGGGCCAUGUGGCCGGAUCCUUGAAUGGCUCUGAAACAGGCCUGGGGCUCGGCCUUGGUCUAGUUGGGAGAGAAACAGACAGAGACAGAGAUGGGGGAGUAGGAGGUGGUGGGGGGGGAGUUGGGUCAGACUUGUUGUGUAGUCUGUCUUCUGAUGUUCGGAGAUCUCAGGAGAGUCUUCUGGAUUCUCCUCAGAACCCCAGCUCUACACCAAACUCCAGCCAAGCCCCGCCUUCUUCCAUCUCUAGCAUUAGCCAAACAAAUAAAGGCAUCAAUGUCAAGGAGAUUCUGAAGAGCUUGGUGGCUGCUCCAGUUGAUGGUGGGGAGCUGGGGCAGGAGUCAGGGCCGACACCCUACCACCCAGACCCCGCCCUAAAGACGCAUCCUAUGCUGCCGAUGCAGUUCCACUCCUUCGACAGGAGUGUUGUCGUUCCGGUCAAGAAGCCACCACCUGGCAGUUUGUCUGUUAACACGGUUGGGACACCCACUACCAGUGGAGCAGCCACUGCUGGUAGCACUCCAAAUAUCUUUGCCGCUGCUACGGCAACACCCAAGAGCAUGAUCAACACAACAGGUGCCGCAGACUCCGCCUCUUCUUCCUCCUCCUCAUCUUCUUCAUUUGUCAACGGUGCCACCAGUAAGAAUCUGCCAGCUGUGCAGACAGUGGCACCAAUGCCAGAAGACACCAUGGAGAACAUGAGUGCCUAUUGUGAGGUGGCGCAGUGCGCGCUGCGCAGCAGUCAGACGCCCCCUGAGCUCAAGUCUUUUAGCUCUCUGGCAGGCUUCCAGACAGCUCCCCGAGAUGCAGGACAGUGUUUUAGUAUUACCACCAAGUUGGAGCGUGCGCUGGAGAAAGUGGCACCGCUGCUUCGGGAGAUUUUCGUGGAUUUUGCUCCCUUCCUGUCCAGGACGCUGCUGGGUAGUCAUGGGCAGGAACUGCUCAUAGAAGGUACAGGUCUUGUGUGUAUGAAGUCGAGCACAUCUGUAGUGGAGCUCGUGAUGCUGCUCUGUUCUCAGGAGUGGCAAAACUCCAUUCAGAAGAAUGCUGGGCUGGCCUUCAUCGAGCUCAUCAAUGAGGGGAGACUUCUCUGUCACGCCAUGAAGGAUCAUAUUGUGCGAGUUGCAAAUGAAGCAGAGUUCAUCCUGAACAGACAGCGAGCCGAAGAUGUUCACAAACACGCAGAGUUUGAGUCUAACUGUGCUCAGUAUGCUGCUGACCGGCGGGAGGAGGAGAAAAUGUGCGAUCACCUCAUCAGCGCUGCAAAGCACAGAGAUCACGUGACUGCCAACCAGCUGAAACAGAAGAUCCUCAACAUCCUGACCAAUAAGCACGGAGCGUGGGGGACGAUGUCGCAGAGCCAAUUACAUGACUUCUGGCGUCUAGAUUACUGGGAGGAUGACCUGAGGAGGAGGCGGAGAUUUGUGCGAAACGCUUUUGGAUCCACUCACGCCAACGUGUCACUCAAAGCUUUGGAAGACUACGGCACAGAGGAGGAGGAGGAGGGGCUUAAGUCCAAGAAGAAUUUCCGCAGCCAAUCAGUGGUCACGCAGAACCCGGAGGCAGAGCUGAUGCUGGAGGGAGACGACGACGCCGUCAGUCUACUGCAGGAAAAAGAGAUUGAUAACCUUGCUGGCCCGGUGGUGCUGAGUACUCCCGCUCAGCUGGUAGCUCCAGUGGUGGUCGCCCGUGGCACUCUGUCCAUCACCACCACUGAGAUCUACUUUGAAGUGGAUGAAGUGGAUUCUGCAUUCAAGAAGAUUGAUGCUAAAGUCCUGGCAUACUCAGAGGGUCUGCAUGGCAAGUGGAUGUUCAGCGAGAUCCGAGCCGUGUUCUCCAGGCGAUACCUGCUGCAGAAUACCGGCUUAGAGGUCUUCAUGGCCAACCGAACAUCUGUGAUGUUCAACUUUCCUGACCAGGCCACCGUGAAAAGGGUGGUCUACAGUCUCCCACGGGUGGGUGUGGGAACGAGCUACGGCCUGCCACAAGCCAGGCGGAUUUCCUUAGCCACUCCUCGUCAGCUGUUUAAAUCCUCCAACAUGACGCAGCGCUGGCAGAGGAGAGAGAUCUCCAACUUUGAGUACCUCAUGUUCCUCAACACUAUUGCAGGGAGGACCUAUAAUGACUUGAACCAGUACCCUGUCUUUCCCUGGGUCUUGACCAAUUAUGAUUCAGAAGAGCUGGAUCUCACUCUACCUGGCAACUUCAGAGAUCUUUCCAAACCAAUUGGUGCACUCAAUCCUAAGCGAGCAGCAUUUUAUGCAGAGCGCUACGAGACGUGGGAGGACGACAGCACGCCUUCUCACCACUAUACAACACUGUACUCCACUGCUCAUUCAGCACUGACGUGGAUGCUGAGAAUAGAGCCAUUCACCACGUUUUUCCUCAAUGCAAAUGAAAACAAGUUUGACCACCCAGACAGAGCUUUCUCUGGGAUCGGGCGCUCAUGGAGGAACUGCCAGAGGGAUACGGCUGAUGUCAAGGAGCUGAUUCCAGAGUUCUACUAUUUGCCGGAGAUGUUUGUGAACAGUAAUGAGUAUGAGCUGGGUGUUCGUGAUGAUGCCAUUCCCGUCUGUGAUGUGGAGCUUCCCGCCUGGGCCAAGAAACCGGAGGACUUUGUCCGCAUUAACCGCAUGGCUUUGGAAAGCGAGUUUGUAUCGUGUCAGCUUCACCAGUGGAUUGACUUAAUCUUUGGUUACAAGCAGCGAGGACCUGAAGCAGUCAGAGCUCUCAACGUGUUCAACUUUUUGUCCUACGAGGGCGCCGUCAAUCUAGACAACCUAGACGCUGCCCAACGUGAGGUAAUCGAGAGCCAGAUUCAGGUCUGUGGCCAGAUCCCCUCCCAGCUGCUGAUUGAGCCACACCCACCUCGCUCCUCUGCCAUGCACCUGUGUUUCCUUCCCCAGAGCCCUCUGAUGUUUAAGGAUCAGAUGCAGCAGGAUGUCAUCAUGGUGCUUAAGUUCCCCUCCAACUCCCCGGUGACACACGUCGCAGCAAACACACUCCCCCACCUCAGCAUCCCAGCAGCCGUCACCGUCACCUGCAGCCGCCUGUUUGCCGUCAACCGCUGGCACAACACAGUUGGUCUCAGAGGAGCUCCAGGAUACUCCCUAGAACAGGCUCAUCACCUGCCCAUUGAGAUGGACCCUCUCAUAGCAAAUAACUCAGGUGUGAACAAGCGUCAGAUCACUGACCUGGUGGACCAGAGCAUCCAAAUCAACACACAUUGUUUUGUAGUUACUGCUGACAACCGCUACAUCCUGGUUUGUGGAUUCUGGGACAAGAGCUUUCGUGUUUACUCCACUGAAACAGGAAAGCUGACCCAGAUCGUGUUUGGCCACUGGGAUGUGGUGACAUGUCUGGCCAGGUCAGAGUCCUACAUCGGAGGUGACUGCUAUAUCGUGUCAGGUUCCAGAGACGCCACUCUUCUUCUGUGGUACUGGAGCGGGCGGCACCACAUUAUAGGAGACAACCCGAACAACAGUGAUUAUCCCGCUCCGAGAGCAGUACUGACAGGCCAUGACCACGAGGUGGUGUGUGUGUCCGUCUGUGCAGAGCUGGGAUUGGUCAUCAGUGGAGCUAAAGAGGGCCCGUGCCUGGUCCACACAAUCACAGGGGACUUGCUCCGUGCCCUGGAGGGGCCGGAGCUGUGCCAGCGGCCCCGCCUGAUCUCUGUGUCGAGCGAGGGUCACUGCAUUAUCUACUAUGAGAGGGGCCAUUUCUGUAACUUCAGCAUAAAUGGAAAACUGCUCGCGCAGAUGGAGGUCAACGAUUCCACACGGGCAAUCUUAUUGAGUAGCGAUGGACAGAACCUGGUGACAGGAGGCGAUAACGGCGUUGUAGAGGUGUGGCAGGCGUGUGACUUUAAACAGCUUUACAUCUAUCCAGGCUGUGACGCUGGUAUCCGUGCCAUGGACCUCUCACAUGACCAGAGGACUCUCAUCACCGGCAUGGCAUCCGGCAGCAUUGUGGCAUUUAACAUAGACUUUAACCGCUGGCACUACGAACACCAGAACAGAUACUGAGGCAGUCAGCGUUGAGAAAGAGGAGGAAAGGAGGCUGAAAAGAAGAAGAAGAGGUGCUGCAUUCUGCUGUGUAUCUGUAAUGUGGAGGAAACUACAGAAAGAGACAGAAGGAAGCAUCCAGGAGCUUAAGCUCUGUUCCCUCAUCUGCUUCACACCAUGUGAGGAUGCAGCAGUGCUGGUGGAAACACGUGUGUAACCACAGACAUGUAACAUCCUGAAGAAACAUGCCAAAUGUAGACAGACUGCAGAAUUGGGGGGGAUGUUAAGCAUACAGUGCUGAAGUCAAACAUACCUGUACCAUUCACAGGACAUGUGCAGUUCCUAUUCCUGGUUCGCUUUACGCUUCACAUACAAAGAACUACAGUUUUUCUGUUUCUCACAUUUAUUCUAUGCUGUUUUAUGUGAGGGGAGUUUAGAUGGGGAAAUAUUUGGGUGGACAAAGAAUAAUGCUAUUAAAUGUGUCUAAAGUGUUUAGAAACUGUCAGAAAUCAACCAGCCCCACCCAUUAUUUAAAGACAGGAACAAGCGGUGCUACUGGCUUUAUCCUAAAUCCACCUUAGAAAACUUGUCGGGAAUUAUGAUUUUAUUUUAUUAUUACUGUUAUAAUUUCCCCCCUGCACACUGCUGGGUUAGUUCUGGUUUUGAUGUACAUACGGUUGGGCUUCCCGCAGAGUUGACGCAUAUUCUUUGACUACACAAACUGCGCUUUUCACCUUUAAUUUAUUAAUGACUUACUCUCUGUAAAAUAUUGUGUAAUAAUUAUUAUAACGUUGACAAGACUGAUGGUAGUAAUGGCAGUUCCGAAUACUGCAAUUUUUUUUUUUUUUUUUGCUGGAGGUGACGGUGAAUGAAAAAAAAUCUUUGACCAUGAUUUCCUUUGUAUAUUCGGUGAUCGUUUUGUCAAAUAUGUACAUAAAGUCUCAGUGCAGGUUUGGUGGGAGACUCGAUCAGCUAAAUAAGACCGAUAGUGUAAAGGAAACCACUUCACAUUUGUUGUUUAUUUAAGAAAAAAGAGAGAAUCAAAUCAUUGUAAAAGUUUGUUUUGUAUUUGCACUUUGCACCAAUCACAUAUCAUUAUUUAUUAGCUUGUUUUUUUCUGGUCGGCUGCCAUUACGUUUGGGUCUAUUUUACCCCUCUGGGAUUAUUUGUGCAUUGAUGUUUGUAUUUAUAACGUUGAGCUCAUGUGUGGUUAUUAUGUUUUACAACCUCACAGUUGUAAGCAAUAUCAUGAUUCUGUAGCUGAUAGUGGCCGAGUGGAGGGAGGCGAACCGACAAAGUCCGAGAUGUUCUGUAUGUGUGAAGCCAUCAUGAUCAAACGCUCACAUGCACAUACUCUAUCGACAGGUUCAACUUACGUAUCCAAAACAACAACAAAAAAGUUAAAUAUUUUUGGAUCUAUGAAAACUUACAAAAAAAACUAUUGUAUUCCUGUUUUAUUGCAAAGAUGUAAAAUAUGACGUAUGAGUUGGAAAAAAAAACUAAUAAAAUAUGCAAA